UACACAGUUGAAGGAAGGCAGAAAGCGCUGGGAGAGGAGUGAAAAGCGAGGGGUUGCCCACUCUUUUGCCAAGUGAACCUCCGGAAAAAUGAGAAAAUUGAGAAUUUUUUCCCCCAAGCUUUUCCCAACAAACUCAGAGGGUAUUUUCCAAAAAUGUUUUUGUCUUCCUAUAUAGCCUACUCGAUUUCUGGCCGAUUUCCCGGCUAUUUUGUCAUUUUUCCUGACGAGUGAAAUUAGUUAAGUGUAUUUAAUUACACCGAGGUGUUGGCACAUUCUUUUUCCGUGGUUUCCAAGUUAAGUAGAUGACCGAAACAAAAUAUUUCUGAUAAUUAGUAAACAUAAUGUGGUUGAUCUUGAACGGAUCGCGAAAAGCGGAUAUUGCAUCGCGGACCAGAGCGGGAAGAAAAGAAACGGAUGCGGAGCGAUCUUAGACGGUAAGGAUCAGUGCAGUUUCGUAUUUGUUUUGAUAAAAAGAAAUAUAAACUAAAACUAAAAACGAUUAUCCUGUUGAUUGAACUCCAAAUACGGAUAUCAACUUGAAAACGUCACAGAGCUGAAGUUGACACUCGUAAAUCGUAUCACGAUUGCAUCAUUAUUGAAAUAAUUCCAAUAAAGAGGUGAGAUAUUCUUAAUGAAAUUUUCCCUUAUCUUCUGUGUCUUGACAUUCACGGCUCACAGGGGGCACGGCGAUUGAAAAGAUAAAUAACUCCGAUAUAACCAAUGUCGCAAUGAAAGGCUGAUCAAUCCCAAUUCAAGGGGGCAUCAAUUGCUUUCCUUGUGUGCAGUACUAUAUAUCUCAUAUCAAUAGAUAGCAAUCAUUCUUAUCUGCAGAAGAAGAUCUACAAAUAAGUGGCAUCUUUAAUGUUGGAGAUAUCAAACAAGAGUUGGAGAUUUUCGUACUGGAUGCGUGCUCCUUUUGCUAAUUAUAAAUUUAUCAUUCGUUGGACACAAAGUAGUAGAGACGAUGAAUUUUAAGUUGAUAACGGGUUUUCUUCUGAUUGGGAUUUUGGGUUCGAUCGGUCGUACUAAUGGAGUAGCGCUGAUGACCCGUAUUCAAAUGGCAAAAACUUCAUUGGAGGAAUAUUUGGAACAAUGCUGGAAUGAUUUUGUCGAUUUAAUGGACAACGGAAUUCCUGGCCUCAAUAUCCCGACGUUUGAUCCAUGGUUCUCUAACGACAGUUUCCCAUUCCGGAUGCAAGAUAGCGAUAUCGUUCUUCGUGCAGAUGUCAAUGCUACGAACGUUACGUCGCUUGGCUUUUCUUCAGUGGAGAUUCCAGCAGUGUAUGACAAUGGAAACGGGCACUUUAACAUUUCCCUGACUCUGUCAGACCUAAAAAUUAAUGGCCUCUACUCAGUCGUGGGUAGCCACCAUUAUUUUUAUCCUAUUGUCGGGAAUGGACCAUUUGAUAUGAUGAUGAUGGAUGUUUACUCAAGCGGGACUGCAACUCUCAUGUAUAAUGGUACGGUUUAUAGUUUGACUAAGUUGGAAUUAACUCCGCUUUUGUACGGAUCGGCAACUGCCGAAUUCUUCAGUCUAUCGAUUUCCGGUACAGAUAGUACAUCCGUAACCUACACCCAAAUCGUUAAUUUGAUGACGGAACUAUUGUGGUUUCAAGUAGAAGAAGAGCUUCGCCUACAGUUAAGCGUGUCGAUAACUGAAUACCUGAACAACCAGCUCUUGGAAUUCAAACCAAGCAGUUUCCUUCAAAAACAAAAAUCUUAAAUAAAUGUUAUCUGCACCGUGAAGUGAAAGACAGGAGAAACAACGACGUACUAAGAGUUUGAUAUCAUGCUGAAGCCGGCUGAAGCCUGGCUGGAACUAAACCGCUUGGCGGCGCUGUGCGGUGGUAGGGCAGUUUUAUUUUUGUGUUUACAACAUUAGCAGAAGUUAGCUACUGUAGCAAAGUUUUAUUGAAUUUUCAACAUAGCUUAAGUGAAUUUCUUUUAUGAAGAAGUGAAUUUAUGUUCUCGAAAUGCCUAUUUGAAUCUUUUUUCCCUUCCCAAUUCCCACUGCUUUGCAAAACUGCCCUACCACCGCACAGCGCCGCCAAGCGGUUUAUUUCCAGUCAGGCUUCAGCAUAUCAGAUUUUGGUCUGUUAGCCUAUUCCGUUGUUUCUCCUGUCAUUCUUCUUCAUGUCUGCACUUUUCUCGAAGCAUCAACUUACGAUUUACUUAUAUUCAAAUUUGGGUCUUAUUAUAACUGUUUUUUGUGGAAAAUUUUAUUCAUAUGGUACGCAUGAAAAUCUAAAGAAUAAAUAGCAGAAACUAAACGAA